UUCCCCAGUGCUGGGCAGCUGUAAAAUCGUGUAGACAGGUUGUCACACUACAGUGAAUGGAUUCUAAUGCUAAACAUUUAAAAUACAAUCCUCCAAACAGUGCAAAAGUGGCCCUGGCCAAUGCACUAACCACAUGCGCCAACGAGGAGGAGCCUGGGACGCCAAUCAAAGCAUCAACUUCAAAUUGUAUCUGAGAGAUCAGCCCAGGACCUAGGGGCAGAGACAUCAGUUGGAGCUCAAUUGUUGAUCUGAUCACAUCCGACGGACUUGCUGCAAAAGAGAAGCUGAGAUUUAAAGACGAGCGUUUCCCAUUCUCACUCUGUGCUGCUUGAGAGAGAGAAACUCUUUCACUUCUUGCUUUGGUGGGCUAUUUGCUUUUUGCCUUGUUUUGGCUUGCGACGUGGCGAAGGAGAUGUCUUUCCCCCAGCUGGGUUACCCGCAGUAUUUAAGUGCCUCCCAGGCGGUGUACGGAGGCGAUCGGCCGGGAGUGCUGACUCCGUCGUCCCGCGGAGGGAGCGCAGAGAUCGGGGGAAGCUCGUCGGCGGCCGCCGCUGCCGUGUCCUCGGUGCUGGGCAUGUACCCCUACGCACACAACUACAGCGCCUUUCUGCCUUACACCAGCGCCGAUCUGGCUCUUUUCUCCCAGAUGGGCUCUCAGUACGACUUAAAAGACAGUCCCGGAGUGCACCCCGCGAGCUUCGCUGCCCACACGAGCCCGGCCUUCUACCCCUACGGUCAGUUCCAGUACGGAGACCCGUCCAGGCCCAAGAACGCCACGCGGGAGAGCACCAGCACUCUGAAGGCCUGGCUCAACGAGCACAGGAAGAACCCAUACCCCACCAAAGGAGAGAAGAUCAUGCUGGCCAUCAUCACCAAGAUGACCCUCACGCAGGUGUCCACCUGGUUCGCCAACGCCAGAAGAAGACUCAAGAAGGAGAACAAGGUGACUUGGGGCAGAAGUAAAGAGGACGAAGACGCAAAUUUUGGGAGCGACAACGAGGGGGACGCCGAGAAGAACGAAGACGACGAGGAAAUAGAUCUGGAGAGCAUAGACAUCGACAAGAUCGACGACAACGACGGAGAUCAGAGCAACGAGGAGGACGAGGAAAAGCGCGGGGAGCUCGAGAGACUUCACGCUCACGAGGCCUUCGAGAAAUCCAAACCCAACGCCAUUUCCGGCAGCAAAGAGCCGUCGGACGGAAACAACAACACCACCAGCGUUCUGUCGCCGGGUCGCCAGGGAGGUUUUCCUGUUCCCUCUAGCAAUAAGCCCAAAAUAUGGUCGUUAGCAGAAACCGCGACCAGUCCCGAUAGCUCGCAGAAACCUACGUCACCCUCGCUUCCCGCCACUCACCCGGCCUUCCUGCCGAGCCACGGACUGUACACGUGCCAGAUCGGGAAGUUCCACAACUGGACCAAUGGCGCGUUUCUGGGCCAGAACUCCCUGCUGAACGUGCGAUCGUUCCUGGGCGUCAGUCAUCAGCACAAUCACCCGGUUCAGCAGCAGCACUCAUCCGGGGCAGCCGUGAACAGUGACAAGGCGCCAGAGGACCUCAGUCCAAAACACAUAGAUCGGGGAAAUGUGCUCAGAAAUGAAUCACCAACACAACCUUUAAAGUCAUCAUUUCGUCCUCUUCACGACAGCCCCAGAAACCAGCAGGAAUCGACACAGAGGGUCCUCACAGCUCUCUCUUCCGCUUGAUCGAGACAUAUGCCCCGCUUAAAGGACUGAUGGCACUCAUAAAGGGACAAUGAAAUCUAAAUCAGUUGAGCAUAGCAUUGAGUUACUCUAAAACAAAUGGCCGAGUUUGAUUAGCGCCCGCUGGAGCUGUACAUAGAGACACCUGUGACCCCUUCCUCACCGUGGGACAUUGCUAGGCUUAUUUGUCUUCAUGUGUUGGUGUUUUCCUUUAAGGUGACCCACAUUUGUAAAUAGCGAGUUGACGGAGUUUGUUCAGAUCAUAUAUUUUGUCUAAUAAACUAAAUGAAAUUAUA